ACUCAUGAGAACUGCCAGUACCUCCACCCUCCACCCCACUUAAAGUCGCAGCUAGAAAUUAAUGGGAGAAACAAUCUGAUUCAACAGAAGACUGCCGCAGCCAUGUUCGCCCAGCAGAUGCAGCUUUUGCUCCAGAAUGCUCAGAUGUCAUCUCUUGUAUCUUUUCCUAUGAAUCCAUCACUUGCAGCUAAUCCUACCAUGGCUUUCCCCUACAUACCUCAUCCUGGGAUGGGCCUGGUUCCUGCUGAUCCUUUUCCAAAUGGUCCGGUACUGAUUUCUGGAAACCCGCCUCUUGCACUGUCAGGAGUUCCUGGUCCAAAACCACCUCGUACGGAUAGACUGGAGGUUUGCCGUGAAUUUCAGCAUGGAAACUGUACCCAUGGGGAGAGCGAGUGCCGCUGUGCUCACCCCACGGAUGUUUCCAUGAUUGAAGUCACUGAUAAUACUGUGACAAUCUGCAUGGAUUACAUUAAAGGCCAAUGCUCCCGGGAGAAAUGCAAGUACUUUCACCCACCUCCCCCCUUGCAGGCCAAACUCAGGGCAGCUCAUCACCAGAUGAACCAUUCGGCUGCCAAUGCAAUGGCCCUGCCGCCUGGUGCACUUCGGCUGAUACCAAAGAGGUCAGCCCUUGACAAGGUCAAUGGUGCCACUCCAGUCUUUAACCCCAGUGUUUUCCACUGCCAACAGGCUCUGGCUAACAUGCAGAUUCCACAACUGGCUUUUAUCCCGACAGUACCCAUGAUGCACCGUGCUACACUUUCCACCAUGUCUGUAGCAACACCACCUGCCAGCAACGUUCCCUACGUUCCAACAACUACAGGCAAUCAGUUGAAAUAUUGAGCAGCAGAGUUACAGAGUAUCAGAAUCUCUCAACAAGAAACUCCAUGUGGCCUUUCUACAUAUGUUCUCGUAUGUCCAACACAACAAUAAGCAUGGUGCAGUCAAUAUAUUAAAG